AUGCCUCCAUGCAAACACGACACCCUCGUCUUCACUCCCUCCGACAACGCCAAGACGGUCGGAUACAAACAUCCAUCUCCUCUGCAGCUGCUAGCCGCCGCCCAACCCUCAGGCAAAGCACCAAAGAAACAAGAUCGAAUAGUUCCAUCGCCCUCCACGUUCCCUGCUCCUCUGGUUUUGCCUGGAGAUGAGCUGUCUUUCGACCCAGAGUACGAGCCGCAGAGUCUCAAAUCGUGGAUCGAUGAGCCAUACAGGAAUGAGGUGACCGACGAGCGUCGAACGCUUUACGUUGUGCCUGUACCCGCAGUGUCGAAGUCGGCUGCGUUUGUAGAUGGUUGGGCGAGACCUGGCAAGGUGUCUCCGGGAUCAUCGGUUGAUAACCCCAAGGCGGAUGAUGUCCUCCAGUACCUUCAAGCCUUCUAUCACGGGCUUCCAGUAAAGCUUCUCUCAAAACCCAGACUCCAGUUUGGGCCUUGGGAUGAAACCUCACGAGAGAGCUCCACGGCGACACCGAAGUACGUUGGCCUCAACAUCGGUUCGCAGAUCGUCGGCAUUCGUAACCGCGCCUCCAAGGACAAGAUCUUCUCCGGUCAGCUGAACCUCAACGACUUGCUCGACGCCGCGAUCGCCAUGCUGCCCAGAGACGCAUAUGCUCUGUUAAUGCUGGUCGAUCACGACCUGUACGAGGAUGAGGAGGACGACUUUUGUUGUGGUAGGGCGUAUGGCGGUAGUCGUGUCGCUGUAGUGUCGACGGCCAGGUACAAUCCUGCGUUGGACGACUUGCAGGAGAUCGAGAGAGAGCAUCCUUGGCCGGCUUCGCAUUGUCGAGACUAUGUUGAUGCGUCCUGUCGAGAAGCAGAUGAGAAGACAGUGCUCAGGAACAAGGCGAAGAAGACAACCAAUCCUGACUCAUCGCCUCUCCGUCAAGCUGUCGCUGCGUGGCAGUCUCUACCUGCGCCAACGACAGGCGAUGAACUUCGCAAUCUGUGGCUCGGGAGACUGUGCAAAACUGCGUCGCAUGAGCUCGGCCAUUGUUUUGGUAUGGAUCAUUGCGUGUACUACGCUUGCAUCAUGCAAGGCACCGCUGGCCUGACAGAAGACGCUUGUCAACCGCCAUACCUGUGUCCUGUCGAUUUGGCAAAGGUUCUGAUGGCGACUGGAACGAACGAGGCGACAUGGGCGCGGAGUAUGUUGAAGUUCUGUGAAAGAUUCAGUAAUGACAGAAUGUUCGUUGCGUUAUCCGGCUGGCUGAAAGGAAGACUGCAAGAGCUUGAGAGUGUCGACGUCUGA